AUGGACUCUGACAAAAAUCAUGGCCCGAGCUUCAACAUGGACUUGCUCAAAGAUCCAGAAAAGCUGAAAUUCUUUGUCAUGAAGUACUCGCAAACAGAAGCCUUCAAGAUCUGGGCUGGCUUCGCAGUCAUCGCCUUUGUCGUGUUCAUGCUGGUAUCCAGUGGCGAUUUCUCUUUCCUUCUGACGCUCUCAUCUCUUCUGAGCAUGUUCAGCUUCCUCAUGGUAGCACUGAAGAUGGAGAUUGGCCGCUCCUGCAAGGGAGUUUCCCUGAAGAUGAUGGAGUCCUACCUUGUGAUCUUCUUCUUUCGUCUCUGUGCCAUUAUUCCUUUCGAGGGGUACCUGCCAUUUGACAAGUCAGGCGAUUGGUUCUACCAAACCUGCGAGGCUCUGGGCUUCUGCCUGGCGGGCACGAUUGUGUACUUCUGCCGCAUAAAAUAUGCCGCAACCUAUGACCCCGCAACGGACACCUUCCAACAUUUGUACCUGGGCGUUGGUGCACUAGGCCUGUCGUUGAUCUUCCAUCCGAAUCUGAACGGCUUUCUGCCUUCCGACAUUGGUUGGGCCUUUGCUCUUUACUUGGAGUCAGUGGCGGUGCUGUGCCAAUUGUUCAUGUUCAUGAAGGAGGGUCGGGCACAGGAGCACACUUCCCACUUCUUGGCUGCGCAGGCACUGGCCAAGCUGAUGUCCUUCAUCUUCUGGGCUUCUUCGUUUAGCGAGCUUUCCGACCCAAAUCACCACAUUAAGGCCUUCGUGGGGAACUGGGUGGUUUGCGCACAGCUGGUGCAGCUGCUGAUCAUGGGGGACUUUAUCUACCAUUACAUGCGAUGCAUCCAGCAAGGCAUUCCAGUCUCCCAGCUCCUGUCGUCGGACGCUGUCUGA